AUGUCCGCAUCGGAGUCGUCCACGGCGGCUAAUCAGCCUCUGAAAGGACCAUAUUCCACACAAGCAGUGGAAGAAUCUAUCAAGAGAGAACAGAUUGGUUUAGGUCCAUAUGCUUCGAGACCUCAAGGGGGACCGGUCACAGGCGAGAUAGUUGCUCCGGUCAAGCAUUUCGGACUGCUGAGUUUGGUCGGCCUCGCCUAUGCUAUUCUUAAUUCUUGGACAGCAAUGGCAGCUUCUCUUUCAAUUGCAUUACCUUCUGGUGGUCCAACAGCUGUUAUAUGGGGUAUCGUACCUUCAUUCAUCGGAAAUUUAGCUAUGGCAGCUUCAAUGGCUGAAAUAUGUCAUGUAUAUCCCACUUCUGGAGGACAGUAUCACUGGGCAGCGAUCCUCUCACCAGCUCACAUGGCUCCUGCAAUCUCUUGGAUUUGCGGUUGGUUCGCUGUCGCUGGGUGGUGGGCAUUAACAGCUACUGCAGGAUCUUUAGCCGGAUCUUUGAUCACUGGUGUAAUCGCUUUACUUCACCCAAAUUAUGAAGUCGAAAGAUGGCAUAUCUUCUUGAUCUACAUCGCAUAUUCUCUUGGUGCAUGUGCUUUAAACAUCUUCGGUCUAAGAUUAUUACCCAAAAUCAAUCAAACUGCUAUUUUCUGGUCUCUGACUGGUGCGGUCAUCAUUAUCAUCGUUUGUCUAGCUACUGCUUCUCCGGAUUUCCAAUCAGGAGAUUUCGUUUUCAAAACCUAUAUCAAUGAGACCGGAUGGAAUAACGGUGUAGCUUGGCUCCUCGGACUUCUCCAAAGUUCAUUCGGUCUUACAGGUUAUGAUGCCGUUUCUCACAUGGUAGAAGAGAUGGAUAAUCCUCAUAUCAAUGCUCCCAAAACCAUGAUUUUGGCGGUCUGUAUUGGAGCUUCGUCAUCUUUCAUCUUCUUGAUUUGUUUAUUAUUCGGUAUCAAGGAUGUGGAUGUAGUCAACAGUUCUGCAGCUGGAGCUUUAUUAGAAAGUAUGUAUCAAGCUACUGGAUCAAAAGCAGGAGCUGUCUGUCUUCAAAUAUUCCCAAUCAUUGCCAUGGCAUUUACCGCUCAAGGCUUACUUACAGCUUCUUCUCGAAUGUCAUAUGCUUUCGCUCGAGACCGUGGACUUCCCUUUUCUCGCAUCUUCUCCAUCAUGAAUCGAAAUGGAGUCCCAAUCCCUUCAGUCAUUCUUACCACUAGUUUGGUAAUCAUUUUCGGUUGUAUCUACUUGGGUUCAUCGGCUGCUUUGAACGCUAUCUUAUCAAGUUCAGUCGUGUUCUUGAAUAUCUCAUAUUCAAUUCCGGUACUCCUUGUGGUUUGUCGAGGACGACAAAUCCUUCGGCCUCCUUCUCUUCCCGCACCUACCUGGACUCUCGGUCCAAUUUUAGGUCCAAUCUGUAAUUUCACCGGUUUGGCAUUUACACUUCUCACUACUGUUUUCUUCCUUUUCCCACCAGAUUUGCCUGUCACUGGAGAAAAUAUGAAUUACGCGGUCGCAGUGUUAUUCUUCGUCUUCAUCGUUUCCAUGAUCACAUGGGUAGUCGAUGGCCGAAAGCAUUUCAUCGGUCCAAGGGAUUUGGGUGCAUUACUUGAAUUAGCAAGAAGUGAAGUUGAUCGUACUUCUUUUACUCAUCCUCAUGCUCAUGCUCAAGCCCAAGCUCAAGCUCAAAGUGGCCAUCCAAUGAGUACGAUUGAACAAAAUCCGGUAGAGCCCAAAGGUGCCCGGACUGGGCUCUGA